AUGGAGAGUCAGAGAGUCCAGUCCUCGUACAGGAAGCGUUUUGGGCCUCAGGGCUCGGGCGGCACGGGAGUCCGAAUUGGGAGCCUCUCUUCCAACCGCCUCUCCUGGCACGGCCCCCCUCGCAACCUCACCUACUCCAGCCCCAUGUCCCGGAUCUCAUUGGGCUCCGGCCACGCCUCCCUGCUGCUGGGGAGCCCCGUGGACCGGCUGGACUUCUCCGCUGACUCCCUGAUGAAGGCCCAGUACAAGGAGACGCGCACCAACGAGAAGAUCGAGAUGAUGGGCCUGAAUGACCGCUUCGCCAGCUUCAUCGAGAAGGUGCGCGUCCUGGAGCAGCAGAACCAGGUGCUGUUGGCCGAGCUGAGCCAGAUGAAGGGCAAGGAGCCCAGCCGCCUGGGGGACAUCUACCAGGAGGAGCUGAGGGAGCUGCGCAGGCAGGUGGACGCUCUCACUUCGGGCAAAGCUCGCCAGGAGAUAGAGACGGACAACCUGGCCGCAGAUGUGGCCACGCUCAAGCAGAGUUUGCAAGAUGAGAUCGGCCUCCGAAAGGAUGCAGAGAACAAUCUGACUGCCUACAGACAGGACGUGGAUGAGGCGGCUGUCAACCGGGUCCAGUUAGAGAGGAAGAUCGAUGCCCUGCAGGAAGAGAUCAACUUCCUGAAGAAGACUCAUGAGGAGGAGCUGCGUGAGUUACAUGAGCAGAACAUGGCCCAACAGGUGCACGUUGAGCUGGAUGUAUCCAAACCAGACCUGACUUCUGCUCUGAGGGACAUCAGGGUCCAAUAUGAAACCAUGGCCUCCUCAAACAUGCAGGAGACGGAGGACUGGUACCGAUCCAAGUUUGCUGACCUGACAGAUGCGGCCCAUCGAAACUCAGAAGCCCUGCGCCUGGCCAAACAGGAGGCCAAUGAGUACCGGCGUCAGCUUCAAGCCGUGACCUGCGACCUCGAGUCUCUCAGAGGGGCAAACGAGUCUCUGGAACGCCAGCUCCGGGAGAUGGAGGACCGCUUCGCCAUGGAGACGGCUGGUUACCAGGAUACGGUGAGCCGCCUGGAGGAGGACAUCCACUCUCUGAAGGGUGAGAUGGCGAGACACCUGCAGGAGUACCAGAACCUCCUCAACAUCAAGCUGGCCCUGGACAUCGAGAUCGCCACCUACAGGAAGCUGCUGGAGGGGGAGGAGAGCAGGAUCAUCAUUCCAGCUCACAGCUUUUCCAACCUGCAGUUUAGAGAUACUAACCUGGACACUAAAACCCGGGAGCCGCACGUGAAGAAGCGCAUCCUGGUCCGAACUGUGGAGACCAGAGAUGGGGAGAUCAUUAAGGAAUCAACGACGGAACACAACGAUCUUCCAUAAAGUGAAGUCUUCCUCAUGAUCUGAGGAUUAUUAAAGUUCUUUUUUUCCUUCUUUACAAAAAAGCUGCCCCAUCAAUCAUCACCUUAUUUCACGUGUUCUCUCCUUCCAUCAUCACGUUUACUGUCCUCGACGUAGACAUAACCAUUAUUAAAAACUUCUUCAUUAGAUUUAUUGCCAAACACAUCUAUGUUCAGCUUUUGUUCAGUUGUGAGUAGAAGGCAGGUCACUCAUCUUAAAUGAUGUGUCGCCUGCUCCAGUAAAAACUACUGGGACUCACUGGUAACCUGUAGGAUUUUAAUGAUGACAGAACCAGAUUGUGAGCAAUGUUUCAGAGUAGCUGCCAGAGCAGAGGUCUCAGCAAGUAGGGAUUGUGUUGAGCUCAAAUGUAUUGUGGCGGUUGCCUUGUGGUUGUGUGGAUGUGAAAUGUGCCAAGGGAAGUGCAACAGAUUCGUUUCUGUUGGGUUUUUGAAAACACCAGAAUUGGAUUAAUGCAGGAAAUGAGAGUUGUGUGUAUGUCAGAGCAGCUUUUGGCAGAACUCCAUUUGGACUCUGUUUUUUCUUUUUUUUUACCUUGCGAUUUUGCGUUACAUUUCUUUGUGUUAGCAGCAGCCCCCUCUGCUCGUGUGUUGUUGCUCGUAUAACCUGCAGAGGUUCCUUCGUGACUCACCUCUGGCUGAUUAGACGUGUGCUCAGAUUGCAGCUGGGUGGGAAUCAUCCAAAUUAAAUUUAGUACGUGUUGGUGUCACUUUUUCUCAUGUUACAACCCUAAACCUCAUAGAGCGGCCCAACAAUCUGCUGCUGCUGCUUUCAAAGGGUGAAACUGCAAAGCCAGGUGAUACAACAACACGUGUUCUGUGCGACGUUCUGGACGGUCAGUGAUCUGUCGACUUCACGAACAUGUUCCUUUUCCUGACACCGGGGGGUUCCGUUUGAAUCCGGUUGUGCAGUCACCAGCCCAGUUUAGCCGUGUUUAUUUCCAUGUGACUGCACCGACGGCAGAUGCUAUAUUUGAAUGCAUUCCACUCGGAGAGCAGUGACCAUGGCAACAUUUACAGUGAUGUCACAUGCGUACAACAAAAUGAGCCAAAAUAAACGGGGACAACUUUCCUCCAUCGCUUCACUUCUGCUCUUCUGCUCAUCCUCUCGUCACCCCACGCCCAGCUGGCGGUGUCUUCUCUCUUGAACACAACCCCAUGAUAAGACCCCGGGACACGUCGGGGCGAGCCCACUUAACCAGCAAAGGGCGAUAGGGACGCACUCAGGUUGGAGGUGUGGAGGGGGAUGUUUGGAAGCUGUCGUUGCCCUCGAGCCUCCACUUUCUCAACCAAUAUCCCUCCUCCCAAUUCAUCGGCCACUUCCUGUGGUGUUUCACUGAUGGCAGAGAGAGAGAAAGUGGAAAGUUCUGUGGAGAUAACCGACAAAUCACACAGGAGCAGAAACCUUUAUUUUCUUAAUAGAGUGAACAUAUAGUGAAAAGGAGGCUUGCAUGACGGCUGGAUGGAGGGACAUCACAGCUCAAACACUCUAAUCAGGCCUCCUGCCUUGUCGGGAGUCCCGCUGACUGAAGCCGCGCCGACAGGCCCUGCCACUAAUGAGAGUGAUGCUGCAGUCAGCGCCAAGGACACGCUGUGAAUGUGUGUUCCCGUGAGCCUCCCACCUGCUCCCCUCCACGACUUCCACUCCUGUCACUCAACCCCAUCUCCUGUUUCUCCCAUUAACAUGCAGCCCUCUUUUGUAUCCACCGUGUUGUUGUUGUUGUUGUUGUUGCUUUUAAUGUCGAUCUAAGAUGGUAGCCUACUUCUGACUCCUGAGUCUUGUAGCAAAGACACAGAUGAAUUCUGCUUUUUUUCCUGCAGGUGGGGAUAUAAUGUUAGUUUGCUCCACGCUAAGAUGUUAAUUUAACAACAAUAAAACCUGGUGAUUAGA